AAUUACAUGUAAACUUAAGUGACUAUAUAAUCUAUUUUGCCUUUAAUUUUAGGGCUUCUGCUGCCGUCGCUAAACUCAUUUGAGCCACCGUUGCUCUUCUCCUUUACGACCACGAACGGACCACGAGGUUCCCUAUUACUGUCGCACAACCUUCAUCUCAGGAAAGAGACAGUAGAAAGAUGAACAAGAAAGAGGUACUAAAACUAGCGAAAGGUUUUAGGGGAAGAGCAAAGAACUGCAUUCGUAUCGCAAGAGAAAGAGUAGAGAAGGCCUUGCAGUAUUCCUACAGGGACCGUCGGAACAAGAAGCGAGACAUGCGCUCUCUCUGGAUCCAACGCAUCAAUGCUGGCACACGCCAACAUGGUGUUAACUAUGGUAACUUCAUGCAUGGUCUAAUGAAGGAGAACAUUCAGCUAAACAGGAAAGUUUUGUCAGAGCUAUCUAUGCAUGAACCGUAUAGUUUCAAGGCCCUCGUAGACAUAUCUAGUAAUGCCUUUCCUGGAAACAAAAAUGUGGUACUUGCUCCCAGGAAGGUGAAAAUUUCAAUUGAUGUAUAAUUGGUAAUUUUGGUUGCUCACCCUUUUACUGCCAUUCUUACUUUUUCUUGAAAGAAACCUUUAAAUAGUUGGCUUUAUAUUUUAACAAUUAGCAACUCUUUUCAUUUUUCA